ACAUGCACUCCAAUUGGAUUCUGCAUCGUGACUUGAAGACGUCGAACUUGUUGACCAACACCGGCCGCUUGGUUGUAGGCGACUUUGGCCUGGCCCGGGAGUAUGGUGAUCCCCUCAAAUCCUACACCCAGUUGGUGGUUACACUGUGGUACAGACCGCCAGAGCUGCUUCUGGGGGCCAAGAAGUACUCUGCUGAGGUGGACAUGUGGAGUGUGGGGUGUAUCAUAGCUGAGUUUAUCCUGGGCAAUGCCUUGUUCAUGGGCACGAGUGAAAUUGAUCAGCUGUCGAAGGUGUGGGGGUGGGGCGAGGGUGCUGAAGGGAUAUACGCUCUCCUGGGAACGCCCAAUGCCCAAAUAUGGCCAGGAUGGCUGGAGCUGCCAAACACCAGCAAGUGCAAGUUCGACCCACAGCCGUACAAUCUACUUAAGGAAAAGGUCUUCCCCAUAAGCGACAUGUGGACCAUCCACACCCUCAGUAAAGGGAAUGUGGGCACAGAACAGGACAAUGCUCGCACUAGUUGUACUGACAAAUAG